AUGAUAAAACAGUUGAUAAUGUAAUGUACAGUACUAGGAGGCAUGAGACAAGUGAGUAAACUCAGCAUCUUCUUUAUUUGGGCAAAUCCACUAAUCAGAAGCAGCACGCAGGUCAAAGAACAGUUUGGCAACAAUAAACCGGACUAAUCCAUAAUUCAGGCUGAACAAACAGGCCGAGCUGGGAACAGAAAAAAACAAGGCUUGGAACUGAGCAAUAUAAAAAGGCAGGAUAAAGCACAGAAGCAGCAAAAUAAUAAGAUAAUAAAUGGACAAACUAAAUAAAGAUAAACAGACCAAACCAGUGGCAAGACAGCAAAGGUGACAGGACUAGAGACAAAAAAAAAAAAGUACACUUAUAAAUGACUGAUGAAGCAUAAGUGCACAUUUCUGUUUACAUUUUUCCAGCCCAGAAUUAAGAUCCCUCAGAGAGCAUUAAAAAAUUACAAACUGCAACUUUAAAACACCGCCUUUAUGGUAGUGUAUUGUAUAUUAUAUAUCAUGUACUCUACCCAGGUCAGGGAAUACUAAGCAGUGAAACACUUGAAGCAAUUAACAGAAAAUAUCAUGCUGUGUGUUCUGGGACAUUGUUUUCGUUUUCAAAGUGCUUUAGUAUUUUAAUGGGAUAUUUUCAUUACAUAUUUUAUUCACCAUAACAAUGCAAGCAUUAUAUCUGCUGGCUGGGUCAAAGAGGAGAGUGAAAUAGAGGAGAAAACACACUUAUUUGCCUCAGUGAAGCAUGAAUUGUUGCCAAGUUGAAAUAGGAACCGUAGACACUUGUGGACAGCUUCUGAUGUGGUUUCCUCUUGGAGUUGAGAGGUGAUUCUUCCAUUUUAGACAGGUCUAACCAGCUAGUAUCACAAUUAUUAGCCUUCUAUUGCCAUCAUGCCCAGGAUACUGCUUUGGAUCUUUGUGCUUCUGAAGCUCUUCAUAGCCAGCGGUCAAGAUUUCUUUCAGAGCCAGAGAGCUGGUGAUUAUGCACCAUCACCACAUUCAGUCGAAUAUAUUGUGUCUUUGCAAACGUCAAAAGGCCAGCACUUCUGUGUAGGAUCCCUGGUGCAUAAAUAUUGGGUUCUCACUGCUGCACAUUGUAACACAAGAUGUCUUGCACUCAGGGUGGAUCAGAUGAUGAUAGUGGCCGGAGACAACAUUCUUGGCAAGUACGAAGGGAUGGAGCAGUAUUCAAAGCCGCACUCCAUUACACUUCAUCCACUGUACAACAAGAGCACCAGUAAUGCAGACAUCAUGCUCAUUAAGCUCCGGGCUCCAAUAAAGCCGAACAGGUACGUUUCCCUGGCUCCUCUUCCCAAACAAAACACAGGAAUGCUGCCUGGCCAGCUGUGUCAGAUGUCCGGUUGGGGUUCCCCACCCCAGGGCAGGAGCCGAAGCCCACUUACGCUUCGCUCUGUAACUCUGCCCAUCAUUUCUACGGCUAAGUGUAAUAGCAGCAAGUCCAUCAAUGGAAGCAUUACAAGCAAUAUGAUCUGUGCUGGCAGCAAUACUGGAGGCGAGAAGGCAUGCAAGUGGGAUCCCGGGGAACUGCUCGUGUGUGGUGGCCGACUUUACGGGCUCGCCUCCUGGGGAAACAUCUGCGGGGAUGCCGGCUUUCCAGGAGUCUUCACAGCUGUGUCCAGGUUCCGCAGGUGGAUAGACCGUACCAUCUACAGGUCCUGGACACGGUGUUUCAAGUACAGAUAUCCCCUGUCCUCAAAAUCCUCUAUGAGUGAUGGCUAGUUUAACAUUUGGAAUAUACAGAAUGUGAUCAUGUGACUAAUAAAUAUCUUAAAAAUGUAGAGCAACAGUGUGAAAAGGUUAGGAAAAACUGUUCCCCAUACAUACAUAAAUACAUACAUAUUAUUUGUCAAUAAGGCUGUACAACUUUAUAUAAUAUGCUACGUCACUGAUUACUGAGGGCAGUAAUGCUAUACAUUUUGCCUGUGUAAUGAAUAUUUUUUUAAAUCAAAUCAAUCAAUUAAAUAAUGGCAAAUAUUGUAGUGUGUCUGGAAAUAUCAAUAUCCAGAAUGAAAGAGCAAAGAGAAACUUUUCAAUUCCCCUUAGAUGGCUGUAGAUCCAGCGAGAUUGGGUGUGUCCGCACAGCUUUUUUAGUGAAGCUGGCCUCACUAAGGAGAGUUUCUAGUUUCGCUGCCUGCACUUGAUAUCAUGGUGUAAAGUGAUAGCAGCUGUAGAUAGUGAGACUCCGUGUUAACAACCAUUCACACCUUUUUAUUCAUACAUGUUACAAAGCCGUUAUUGUCACCGAAAGGCGCUGAGUGCAUUGUUACGCUGAAAUCACUGGGUUCAGGAUUCAACGUAAAGCUUAAUCCUGUUAUGUCACGCUUAAUACCCUGGUUAGCCUGUAAACAGCUUGUAUUGUGCCGACAUAGUGAAAUAUCCUCAACGUGGCUUGGUUCAGACUGGAUAUGCAGUCAAAGGAACACAGUCGAUCACUUGUUGCUUGAGUAAAGCAGGUCUAAUGAAGGAAGAGAGUGGAAAAUAGUCCUAUAUCGACCCAUCAGGAUGGACCCUUUUUGCCGUUUACUGAAUAAAUGAGUAGAACUCAGCCAUUGCUCCGUUGCACAGCGGGGUAUUUUAUUUAUUUAUUUUUUUAUUCAGUCUGUCUCUCUUUCACAUUUCCUUUUCACUUCCUUAUGCGUGCCAUGGUGAGUGAUUUGACUAUUAGUUUUCCCCAAAAUCAGACAGGGCUAUUUUCACCAACUCCAUGGAAGAUUACACAGACAUGUAAUCCAAAAAUAACCAAAUGCAAAAAAGCUCGGCUGGCCUUGAGCUUGCAUCAUAUCUCGCUCCAACCUACUACACAAAAAAAAAAAAAACAAGUAAAAAGCCCAGGAAUGUAAACAGCCGUCUGCCUUUUUGGACUGAGGCUUGCGUCAUACAUCUCUACGCUCACUCCAGCAUGAGUCAUCUUGAUCAUACAGAAUCUAGCGUACAGUUAGAGUGAAACAGCUGUGCUGCUAAAUUAUGUCAAAUGACUGACAGACCUGUGAAUGCAUUUUUAUUAGUAAACCAUGUAGUAAAAGCUUAUAUGUAUAAGUACUAUAUAGCUGUAUGUACAUGGUGUCCUUUUUCUUCUCAUGCAUUUUGUCAGUAUCUGAUAAAAGGAGAACCCUAACAAGAUACUACUGUGGUGGUGGACCAUUCUCAGUGCAGUGACACUGUUAUGCUAAUCUAUAUGUAAUCUAUAUAUACUAACUUUUGGAACCUCACAGCUUCAGCAUCCCUGGUUUCAUCCUGAAUAUGAGUUACUAUCUAUGCAGAGUUUCUUGUGUCUGUACAGGUUCCCCUCAGGGUUCUCUGGUUUCCUCCCACCUCCUAAAACCAUGCCAGUAUUUGGACAUGGUGAAAUAAAUGUGAAUAAGGAUACGCAUGGUGGCCUGACGUUCCAUCCGAGGUAUAAUCGUUCUUCAUUCCCAGUGCUCGUGAGAUAGCCAAUAUCCUGAACACUAAUAUCCUGAACAUCCCCCAGCCCUUUGGUGUUGGUUUUUGACUACAGCACUGCUGUUAGCUGGAUGUUUUUGUUUGUGAUAAAAAAAAAAAAAGUCUCAUCAAUACUUAUGUGGCUGAUAUACUGGUUUGAUUGCUUGGUCUUACGGAUUGUGUGUUUGUGUGUGUUUGGGUGGGGUAAUGUAACAUAUUGUGCGUAGCAACAGACCGGCUCUAGUCAUUAACUAAGUGCGUGUCUAAAGGGCACCUGUCUUAUUUGGUAGUCUAUAUUUACCUAAUAAUACGUUCAUACAUAAGGUAGG